CGCCUUCGCCUGCCCUGGCAACACAUGACCGAGUACCUCACUCAGCAUGUGAUCGAUCCUGAGGCCAGCGCAACACAUUCACAGCGGAAGGCAAGGCUGUCUGCACGAAACCCUCCGUCAUGCCUUCCACACCACCUCUGGCAGCAACAGACGCUGCAGCCGAUCCCCCGUCGCCGCCUUCGCCCUCGGCCAGCUUCUACUUGGCCGAUGAUGAGAUGGAGAGCGAGUACAACACCGUGAGACACAGCAAGAGCGAGAAAGGAGUCAAGCUAUGGUACUGCAAGAGCAAGGUCUACGUGCAUCCAACGCCCAGCGCAAAGGACAACGUGCCAGGAUGGAUUGCCCUUGUCCAGCAGAAGCCGCAUCUCGAGGGCAGGCCGACCUCUUCUGGCAGCAGCAGUGCGAUACCAAGGUCGAGAUCAGAUUUGCUGCUAGCUUGGGUGCCUGAGAGCAGCAUCGGGGAUGCGAUUGAGAAAUACACCACGGUGGAGAUGGCCAUGGGAGACACUGACUCGCCGCCAAAGCAGAGUAACCUCGUACCGCGACCGCCUGUUGUGACAACGCACAGCUCAAGCCUGGCCACGCAUGCCUUUGCCAUUCAAGUGAGUGAUAUAUUCAGCAUAACUGUCCGUCCUCCGAGCACGGGCUGGUGGCUUGGCAGCAUAAUCAUCAACUCCAGGGCCGGCGACAGCUUCCCGGCUUUGUUCUUCCACGACUCCGAAUGCCAGAGCACCAUCUCUCAGCGUAAGAAGCUGCAGCGAGAGAACUUCAGCAUCAGUGGUUCUGAUGGGCACAUGUUCUGGGGCGGCGACCAAGUCAUGGAAUGGUUGAAGAAGCACGUCAACGUGGAGCGGUCCACGCAGGAACCUAAUAUAUACCUGAUCGAACCGAGCGACGAUGACAAGUUGAACUUCGGGAGCGGAGGCAAGCCUACACCCGAUAAAGUCAAGAAUGUGUUAGAAGGCAAGCACAAGGACGAGCCAUCUCAUGCAACGAACAGAAGCCAUGGUGAAACACCAAUUGCGACCGUCCUGAAACAGGUCAGAUGGGGCUUCUUGGAGAGCAUGGCAAAGGUUACGACAUUCACCCGCAGAACGGCACAGUCGGUAGCAGAGAACAAGAAUCUUCCGCCACAAGUCAGACGCUUGAUGCAGAACCCACAAAUCCAGACGGUCUCGGAUGAGUUUGACUCGGCAAGGCUGUAUCUGGCCCGAUGGGCAAUGAGCAUUGCCGAGCAAUCUGAUAGGGAGCGCAAUCAACGAAUAUGGACAGCAAAAGACGUUCUGGAAAUGGAGGAUGGCGAACUUGGAGAAUUCGAAUUGCUAGAUGCGCAAGAAGGAUUGGCGCUUGCAGAUAAAAGGAAACCAGUGGACCGGAACGAGUGGAACAGCUGGUUCAACUUUCGUACAGGCAGGUUAGAGAAGACCUCUGAAGAAGUGAAGGAACGCAUUUUCCAUGGUGGUCUUGCAGAAAACGAUGGCGUCAGAAAAGAGGCAUGGCUCUUUUUGCUUGGAGUAUACGAAUGGGACAGCACGGGCGAAGAAAGACACGCCAAGCUGAACAGCUUGCGAGAUGAAUAUAUUCGUCUGAAGGCUUCAUGGUGGGAGCGAGUAGUCGAUGAGUCUGGCACUCUUGAGGAGCGAGCAUGGUGGAAGGAGCAGAAGAUGCGAAUCGAAAAGGAUGUUCACCGAACCGAUCGCCACCUUCCGCUCUUCGCUGGCGAGGAUAUCCCACAUCCCGAUCCAGAUUCACCCUUUGCGGAAUCAGGCACGAAUGUGCACCUCGAGCAGAUGAAGGACAUGCUGUUGACAUACAACGAGUACAAUCGAGACCUUGGCUAUGUCCAAGGCAUGUCCGAUCUGCUCGCACCCGUUUAUGCCAUUCAGCAAGACGACGCUGUCGCUUUCUGGGGAUUCGUGAAGUUCAUGGACAGAAUGGAACGGAACUUCCUACGAGAUCAGUCCGGCAUGCGACUACAAUUGUCCACACUCGACCAGCUCAUCCAGCUCAUCGAUCCAAAAUUGUAUGAACAUCUGGCUCGGGUCGACAGCACAAACUUCUUCUACUUCUUCCGAAUGCUCCUGGUCUGGUUCAAGCGUGAAUUCGAAUUCGAGCCAAUCUGCCGACUUUGGGAAGGCCUAUGGACAGACUAUCUCAGCUCCAACUUCCACCUCUUCAUCGCAGCCGCCAUUCUCGAGAAGCACAGGAAUGUCAUCAUGGAACAUCUCAAAGGUUUUGACGAAGUUCUCAAAUACAUCAAUGAGCUCUCAGGCACCAUCGACCUCUACAGCACCCUCGUUAGAGCCGAAAGUCUGUUCAAAAGGUAUAGGAGGAUGGUGGAAGCAAUCGAUCGCAAGAACAAUUUCCCUCAAGCGCCAGAAAUCAGACAAAGAGUCGCACUGCCACAACCUCCAAGCCCUACUACGACUAGACCCGGAAGUGACGGUAGACCCAGAAGAACUACUUCAAGCGCAGCCGAGAGCUCGUCGAGACAGCAGACUCCAGCACAACAAGCUGCUGCAAGACGGGAAGCCGAAGAAGCUGUCAAGAAGGACAAGAUUAUUACACCUGAACUGCGGUCGUUGCUGAGCCGGGAAACUCCCAAAUUGGAGAAGGAAGAGGUCAGGAGCCAUGGUGGAGGAAUUGGAUCCUGAUCUGAAUCGCUGGCGAAAGACGGGAAUGAAGGAACGAAUUUCAUUCACGAGAGGCAUUAGGAUGUUUGUUCUAUUACGACAUGGCAUUGCGUUCGGCGUUCGGCGUUCGGAAGAUAUUGGAUAUCGAGGUCAAGGGUGAUGAAAGUCCAAAUGAUCGAAGAGAGACACAGAUCACAGCUCAAAGUAUGAGGCAAAUACGAUCUCUUGAAUAUAAUGAUGAAACAAGGGGGUAUACAACCAAGCCACCUUUCUCAUUGCCAUCUCAACCUUGCUCGUAGGCAAGUCCCUCACACCAGAAAUCAAACACCUCACUCCAACGCUAAAAGCGAUUGAUAUCAUGCCAUCCGACCACUAUGCUUGCUUGCUUGCUUGUCCUUCCCGCACCCUUUGAUACAACAGACAUUAAAGAGAUUAUGUACAAUCCAUCUAUGCAUUACCGUAGCAUCCAUCACUCAUCUCAUCCAACUUCCCAUUUCCUAUGCUCGCAAUCAACAAUCGGCGAUCUGGCGACACGAUUCAAAGCAUCCAUCAAAGCAACACGCUAUUCCGCUUUCUCAGGACUAUGCUCGCUUGCCGUCGGACUGGGUGGGACAACGACGGUCGUAGGUGUCGGUAGAGAUGGCUCUCCUGAAUCGCGUUUGCAGUCACUACCACCAGAUUUCUCCUCGUCCUCUUCCAGAAUUGUUCUCUCGCCAACUUUGUCGGCGGCAGCUUCGUCGCCUUCUUCCGUAAUUGUAGUGGCAGUCGUGUCGGUGCUACCCCCAGCACCACGUCUCCUUGCACGUCUUCGGGCUCGUUCAUCGUCGGCGCUUUCCCUGCGCCUUCGCACUCGGAGGCUUUCAGAUCCAGGCUCAGCAGGUUCUGCGUCGCCGCGUAGACCUUGGAGCAUGGAGGCUGCUCGAUCGGCGAUGUCCUCUCCUUC